AUGCACAACGCUAGCUCAUCGCACAACUGCACCGAUCCCCCGACGGACUUCCACACCUCCCUCUAUGCAGCCACCUACACAAUCAUCUUUGUUCCUGGACUCCUGGCCAAUGGCCUGGCCCUCUGGGUUCUGUGCCGCUUCAUCAGCAAGAAGAGCAAAGCCGUCGUUUUCAUGAUCAACUUGGCGGCUGCCGACUUGGCGCAUGUCUUCUCUUUGCCUUUGCGCAUGUACUACUACCUCAACCACGACUGGCCCUUUGGGAGCUUCCUCUGCCAGGUGUGCUUCUACCUCAAGUACCUCAACAUGUACGCCAGCAUCUUCUUCCUCACCUGCAUCAGCAUCCAGCGUUGCCUCUUCCUGCUCCACCCUUUCAAAGCCAAGGCCUGGAAGCGCAGGUACGACAUCGCCAUCAGCGCCGCUGUGUGGACGGGGGUGGGGGCUGCUUGCCUGCCCCUCCCGAUCCUCAGGAGUUCCGACUGGCCCAAUGACACCAGCACCUGCUUUGCGGACCUCGGGAUGAAGCAGGUGGCGGUGGGCGCCUCAGUCGCCAUGGUGGUGGUGGCCGAAUUUGCCGGCUUCGUGGUUCCCCUGGCGCUCGUCCUUUACUGCACGUGGAGAAUGAGGCGGUCCUUACAGGAGCUUCACACCCCUUUGCAGCCGACCAGCGAGAAGCGGAAGGCUCUGCGCAUGAUCUUGGCGUGCGCGGCGGUCUUCUUCGUCUGCUUCACGCCCUACCACGUGAACUUCCCCCUGUUUAUGAUGGCAAAAAGGGAAGCCAUCCUGGACUGUGCUGUGCGGCACAGAGCCUUGUAUUUCCACCCCAUCUCUUUGUGCCUGGCCAGCCUCAACUGCUGCCUGGAUCCCAUUCUCUAUUACUUCACGACGUCCGAGUUUCAGGAGAGGCUGCUCUGCUGCAGCAAAGCCGCCAUCUUGAACCGUCUGACCAACCACGACAGCAACAGCGCCGCCUCGUCGGGCGGGGAGAAGAGCGAAGAGGGUCGGGGGGACAAAACCAUUUUGAGGGCCUAUUUUUGGACUCGGCAGCCCCGGAGGUUUGAAAGAGAUAGCAUGGAGUCUCCUCUGUCUUCUUAA